CGCGCGCCUUCCCGGCAGGAAGCAUCUCCUCCGCCCGGCCUCUUUCCUCUCCCGGCUGCCAACGGGACGCCGGGGCGGGGUUGCCUGUUAUGGCUGCCUGCGUAUGUCGGUCUUGAGCCCCGGCCUCCGCCUCCGCCAUGGGCACCGUGCACGCACGGAGUUUGGAGCCUCUUCCAAUGAGUGGGCCAGACUUUAGUGCCUUGGGAGAACAAGCUGAACUGGUUGAAGUUGAACCUGAGGCCAAGCAGGAAAUUCUUGAAAACAAGGAUGUGGUGGUUCAGCAUGUGCAUUUUGAUGGACUUGGAAGGACCAAAGAUGACAUUAUCAUGUAUGAAAUUGCUGAUGUUUUCAAAGCUAAAAAUCUUAUUGAUGUGAUGAGGAAAUCACAUGAAGCUCGUGAAAAGUUGCUUCAUCUAGGAAUCUUCAGACAGGUUGAGGUUCUGAUCGAUACCUGUCAAGGAGAUGAUGCCCUUCCAAAUGGUUUAGAUGUAACCUUUGAGGUAACAGAACUGAGAAGGCUAACUGGAAGCUAUAAUACUAUGGUUGGCAACAAUGAAGGCAGUAUGGUACUUGGGCUCAAGUUCCCAAAUCUCUUUGGACGUGCAGAAAAGGUAACCUUCCAGUUCUCCUAUGGAACAAAGGAAACUUCAUAUGGCCUGUCAUUCUUCAAACCACAGCCUGGAAACUUUGAAAGAAAUUUUUCAGUUAACCUAUAUAAAGUAACUGGACAGUUCCCUUGGAGCUCUCUUCGUGAAACUGAUAGAGGAAUAUCAACAGAAUUUAAUUUACCAAUCUGGAAGACCAAUCACACACUGAAGUGGGAGGGUGUGUGGAGAGAGCUUGGCUGCCUUGCUAGAACAGCAUCCUUUUCUGUUCGAGAAGAAAGUGGACACUCUCUUAAAUCUUCUCUCUUUCAUGCUAUGGUCAUUGAUUCCCGUAGCUCUUCAAUCUUGCCAAGACGAGGUGCUUUGCUGAAAAUUAAUCAGGAAUUGGCUGGCUAUACAGGUGGAGACGUGAGCUUUCUAAAAGAGGAUUUUGAAUUUCAGUUGAAUAAGCAACUUAUCUGGGAUUCGGUUUUUUCAGCAUCACUGUGGGGUGGAAUGCUGAUACCUAUUGGAGACAAGCCAUCCAGUAUAGCUGAUAGGUUUUAUCUUGGUGGACCAACAAGUGUGCGUGGAUUCAGUAUGUACAGCAUUGGACCCCAGAGUGAAGGUGAUUACUUGGGAGGAGAGGCCUACUGGGCUGGAGGCUUACAUCUAUACACCCCUCUCCCUUUUCGGCCAGGACGGGGAGGAUUUGGAGACCUUUUUCGAACACAUUUCUUCCUUAAUGCUGGAAACCUCUGCAAUCUUAACUAUGGUGAUGGUCCCAGGGCUCAUCUGCAGAAACUGGCAGAGUAUAUCCGAUGGUCUUAUGGUGCUGGAAUAGUGCUCCGACUUGGAAACAUUGCUAGAUUAGAACUUAAUUACUGUUUCCCCAUGGCGGUGCAGUCUGGUGACAGGAUAUGUGAUGGUGUUCAGUUUGGAGCUGGAAUCAGAUUUCUAUAACAGAAACAUUUUACACCAGGAUAUGAAAUUGUGCUCUGUAAUUGAAAUCAAGACUAUAAUACAGUUUGAUAUGGUCUAACUUUUUUCCUGAAAUACAGAUAAACGUCUGAGUGAUUUAUCUCUCAGACUCCACAAGAAACUACAUUAAAGAAUUACGCUCUGAAGGUUCAUUGUACCUCUGAUUCUUAUGAAAGAUAGAUGGGAGUGUUUGUAGGAUUCUGUUUUAUCUUGCAGCUUUUAGUUAUUAGUUGUUACUUAAGAUACUAGAGAGUUGUGUCAGAAAUUGAUUCUUGGAUAUGGUUCACAUGAUUAUAGUUGUCAUUACCCUGCAUAGCCUUCAUUCUUCCAACCACAAGUCUCACAAGUAUUGGGGUGAUGAAGUGUGUGUUUGGGUGGAGUAGGAAUCGAGACAUUUUUUCUCCGUCAUCAGCUUCUGUGAGCAAAUGAUGCUGAAAAAAAUACAUUAUGCAUCAAAAUUAUUUUAUACAAAUAAUGGUUGUAAGUGAACCCAAAUGUUCUAAUAUAUUGCACUAUUGUAAAAUCAUUUAUAUUUAAAUGCCUCCUACAAUUUGAAUUGAGUAUGGUAUAAGUUAUAAGUCAGUAAAUACUAGAACUCAAGAAAAACUUUGAAGGGUUCAGGCUUCUCAACUUUGAGGCAGUUUUGAGUGUUCUAAUACUAAGGUGAAGCCAUUGAUUUGGGUCUUGCAAACAUCUUUUUGUAGCAGGGAUAUCUAGAUGUGAUCAUGUGAUACUAUCUUGUUGACUUUAGUGUGAGAGGCAUGCCUCUCUACUGACUUCUUUAGAUGCUAAUUGCACUCCUGCUGCAGCACUUGGCAUAUUUUCUGGUUUUUAUAAGGUUGGGCUAAUUCAGUAGUUUAGUUCUAACCACUCAUCCUUGAAGAUAAUGACAUAGUCACUUUUUAUAUUUAUGAAUCCUGACUUGUCAUUGUCCUAAGGGAAUCUGAAACUAAAAUUCACUUUCUUUUACAUCUAAAUUUACAUUUUUUUCAUUAUUAGGUGUUGGCAAAGUUAAAAUCCUAAAACAAAGAAUAUAUUGGGCGAGUAUAACAGAAAUACAUAAGCUAUUAUACUCCUGAUGUCUUCUACUCAGCUGAAGACACAAGUUUGGGCAUACUGGCAAGCUACUUGACUUUGCUGAAUGCUGUCAGGACUGCCAUGAAAUCUUGUUCUUAGUCAAGCUAGCACUGAGACUUCACUCUUUUUUUUUCAUGCCAAUUGCUUUAGCAUUGGUAUAUACUGCUGUUCCUGUAACACAAUAACUAAAUGAUAACUCACUUUCCAAAAUAUGAAGGCUAGAAACUGAUCUGCUUGGUUUUGCAGAGCUCUGCUUGACUAAACCUCCUUUCCUUUUUAUAAAGUGGCAGCAAGAGGCUCACAGAUGUUGAAAAGAAAAAAAUUGUGUGAAUGACAGAAGUCAGGUCUAUUUCAAAUAACAAAAUUUAAUAAAAAGAACCUUUUCCUCAGUGUGUGUAUCUGACAACUACUGCAGCACAUGCAUAUGUAACAAAACAUUUCUGUUAAUUGUUUGAUGUUAUGAGAUAAAAUAUGACACUGUCAAGAAUGUCAAUAAAAUUACUGCUUUUUUCACCA